AUGAUGGAACCGCAGGAACAAGCCACGAAGUCCUUGCUUUUGUCCAAGAGGAAAUCCCUUCGUCAGCGGUUGACAACCGUGCUCAACGAGGCCGAACGCCUGCUCGAGACGACCGAUGUUCCCGCUGACCAUGCUGGCCGUUGCGAGCUACUGACCGAACGUAUCAAGACGUUCGCUACUUCUCUGGACGAAGUUGACAGAAAUCUGGAGACCUUGUUCACCGUUGAACAAGCUGAUGCCGAAUUUGACAAGGUAUUGGAAUAUCAGGACCGCGUAGCCUCGAUAUCAUGCUUAUUAAGCAGGAGCCUUGUGCCUCAGCCCAUCGCCCAGGCCUCGACGACCGCGGCGACAGUCCAGAUCGGUGCUGCUGCGCCACCGGGAGGUACUGGUCAUACAGCGUCGGGAUCCAUUCUGAGCUCUACUCGUCGUCCUAAUUUGCCGAAGCUAGAGCUCAUCAAGUUUGACGGCAAUAUGGAGAAUUGGCAGGAGUUCUGGAUCCGCUUUGAGUCCAUCGUGCACUGUAAUUCAUCGUUGUCCAACAAUGAAAAGAUGUCCUAUUUGUCGUCUGUCCUCAAGGGAGAAGCCGCAGCUUCCGUUAAAGGGCUUCAACUUACAGGCGACAUGUAUGACACUGCGGUCAAAAUGCUACAGGAUCGAUUCGGCAAUCCAGACUCGCUCAUGCAGUUCCAUCUGAAGCGACUGUUAGCCAUUCAGGAGGUUCGUUCGACCCGAAACGUCUCCGAACUUAGACGUCUGCAUGACACGGCGCGCGCGCAUAUCCGAAGUUUGGAAGCGUUGGGAACUGGAUUGAGUUCGUAUUCUUCGCUGUUGUACCCAGUAUUACAACACGCCCUUCCAGUCGACUUGGUCCUCAGCUUUCAGAGGAGACUUCACACUGAGGCCGCGGACGCAACUGGAACCGCAGACGAUCGUCAUGAAAAGGUUCUGAGCAAGUUACUAGACUUCAUCAAAAUGGAAGCUGAAUGCAGGGAACACGUCGCAGCGGCAGAAGGGACACAAGAUCCUCGACGUUUUACACAGAGUCGAGAUGGCAAACACACUCGAAAUUCACAGGACCGACUGCCCUUCGCUGCAGCACUCAGUGCUGAAGCCAGUAAGACAUCUAAACCAACGAAUACCACGAAAACUGCAGACAACGCUUGCUUCUUUUGUGGGAAGGAUCACGACGUCAGGAAGUGCCGUCUAGAUGCUGACCUGGCAGACCUGGAAGAGCGGCUUCGUCGAAGCCGCCGCUGCUUCCGUUGCGCAAAGGAGAAUCACACCGCUAGAGUUUGUCGAUCUGUGAAGGGCCUGAAGUGCGAACGAUGCAGCGGGCGGCAUUUGACAGUCCUAUGUAGGCAAGGGAGUCAGAAAACUACGGAUGGAACCGUCGUAGCAAGCGGUACAUGGCAGCACUGUUCUCCAUACCCACAGGUCGUGCUCCUGCAGACGGGGUAUGCCAUACUUUGCACUACUGAUGGCCGACGGAAGCCCAUUCGUAUUCUCAUCGAUGGCGGCAGCCAAAGGACAUUUAUUAAGAAGCCACUGUCGCGGAAAAUGCAGCUGCCAAUCUUGGGAAGGGAAGAUCUUGCAAUCAACACUGUCGGAAAAGCCGGGAAGCAGUCCUUGCAUAGCAGGGUCAGUGUGACCCUCCGAUCCCAGUACACGUCCCAGGAGGUGUCCUUUGAGGCUCUGGAAAUACCAGAAAUAUGUAUCAGUAACCUUCCGCAUAUAGACGUCAAGGCUCUCGAUUGCCUCAGGAAUACUGGAAUCCAGUUAGCGGAUGUGGCUGUGGCAUCUGUUCCCUCAACAGAAAUUAGCAUUCUUUUGGGCGCAGACUUUUACGGGGCGGUUGUCACCGGCAAGCAAAUGCGGCUUGAGGGUAACCUCAUCGCCCUCGAAACAACUUUCGGAUGGACUCUGCAAGGUCCUGCGGGAGAUUAUUCUUCGCCAGAGGUGAACACUUUCCACGUUGAUGUUUCUAGCUUCUCCCAAGACGACUUAGAUGAGAGGUUGCAGUCAUUCUGGGACUUGGAGCACCUCGGGAUUGCCGACGCCGCAGAAUCACCAGGAAUAGAUCCCGUUCUACAGAGAUUCGAGGACAGCACUCUAUUGGAGAACGGUCGCUACAGUGUUGGGCUGCCUUGGAAGGACAACCUUGUCUCUAGGCUCGGGACAAACAAGACAACAGCUGAAGUACGUCUAAGAAACGCCACCCGCACUCUGUUGAAAGACCAGGCUGUAAUGAACGAAUACGACCAAGUUAUUCGCCAGUACCUCGAGAACGGUCACGCUGAAUGCGUAGAUGUCACAGCGUCAAAGGUUGGCCCAGAGUAUUAUCUCCCACAUCAUGCAGUGAUCCGACGUGAAAGGGAGACUACUAAAGUACGCAUCGUAUUCGACGCCUCGUCAAAGGCACCUGGUUUUCUAUCUUUGAAUGACGUACUACACGCGGGUCCUAAUCUCAAUUCGGACAUUCUCUCUUUGCUGUUGAGGUUCAGGAUGCAUCCCAUCGCCCUUGUUUCUGACAUAGAGAAGGCCUUUCUACAAAUUGGCCUUCACAAGCAGGACACCGACGCAUUGCGUUUCCUUUGGUAUUCUACGACUCCGGUUACUGGGCAAACCCUCCCAGACAUUGAAACUUGGCGGAUGACUCGAGUACCCUUUGGUGCCAGGUCCAGCCCCUUUCUUCUUUCCGCCACUAUUCGACAUCACUUACGGCAGUCUGAAGGGGACUACCCUGAGACAGCGGCGCUUCUACAGGACCAUUUCUACGUCGACGACUUGGUGGUCAGCGUGGAAACAUCAUCAGACGCAGAGAUUCUGUACCAGGACACUUUGCGAAUAUUUGAGGCCGCAGGCAUGAAAGUGAAGAAGUGGGUGACCAAUGACGGGUGCCUAUUACGCCAGAUGUUCAACGACGGCAGCACAACCGUCGAGACGACUCAAGAUCACACUAAGAAGUCCGUAUCAAGGAUGUACGAUCCUUUCGGCUUACUUGCGCCCUUCACCAUUACUGGGAAGAUUCUGCUGCAAAGAAUUUGGGAGGCGGAGCUAGACUGGGAUGAUCCACUGCCAGAGGACAUACAAUCAGUGUGGAAGGAGUGGUGUGUGGGAGUGUCAGAACUGGAACAACUCUCUCUCCCUCGAUUCCUGGGAUAUUCGGGCACGGCCACGCCUAGGAAGAUGCAUGUAUUUGCUGACGCUAGUCCCUACGCUUACGGCGCGGUAAUCUACGUUGAAGCGUCAUCGAGCGGCUCUUCUAGCAUGGAGUUUCUCGUCAGCAAGAGCAGAGUGGCCCCCAUCAAGCGCCAAACGCUGCCAAGGCUUGAACUUAUGGCAGCCCUUCUUGCCGCACGGCUUUACCGAUAUGUCUGCACUGCUUUGAAGAUUGUGCCCGACUGUGUGUUCUGGACGGAUUCUCUCAUAGCGUUGCAUUGGAUAAGAGGGCCAGUAACACGAUGGAAGACCUUCGUUGCGAACCGCGUCCAAGAAAUUCAAAGCAUCACUUCUACUGAAUGUUGGCGACACUGUCCCGGUGAGGAGAAUCCUGCUGACCUCCUUACUCGAGGUGUCAAGGGGCAUCAGCUUCAGGGCAGCGUCUUGUGGUGGCACGGCCCUACGUGGUUGGCACGUGCGGAAAAUUGGCCAAGUUCACUCAUACCAGAACCCACUUGUCCUGAUGAAAAGGACGAAGUGGUCCCUCAACGUGUUUCCUCGGUGGCGAUUGCGGCGGCUCAAACCCUCAUGUCGCCAGAGCGGUACAGUAGAGCGAACCGACUUUGUCGAGUAACGGCGUGGGUGCUGCGCUACGUACAGAACUCAAGGGGUCGGAAGCAGACUGGCCCGCUCACAACACAGGAGUUGAAAAAUUCCGAGCAGUACUGGAUCAGGAUGACACAAGCAAAGUUCCUGGACAAGGAGUCCACGCAUCUUCAGAAUUUCCGUUGGUACAAGGAUGACGACGGCAUUCUCCGGCUUUACGGGCGUCUCCAGCAUUCCGAACAACCAGCAGCGACUAAGCACCCAAUCCUACUACCGCCUGCUUUGGAAGCCUGGUUCACCUGCCUCAUGGUUCUUCGCGAACACGAAAGGAUGGCCCACGCCGGGGUUCAGGAGACUCUACAUCAGAUACGGGAGGAUUACUGGGUGAUCAGAGGAAGGCAAUCUGUCAAGUACGCCCCGCACCACUGCUACUUUUGCCGACGUCUCCGAACACAUUCAGGCACCGAGCAAGAGGCGCCCCUACCGAAGGAUCGAGUUUCACAGCAACUUCCGUUUGACACGGUCGGGGUAGACUUUGCAGGUCCACUGUAUUACAAAACAGCGCACGGAUAUUCAAAGUCGUACGUGACACUCUUCACUUGCACAGCUACAGGAGCCAUUCAUCUAGAGUUGGUAACGGACCUAGCCUUCGGCACCUUCCUCAUGGCGUUUAAGCGAUUUGUGGCUCGCAGGGGUAUACCAAAGAAAAUCUAUUCCGACAACUUUCUAACAUACAAGAAGGCUUCCCGAGAACUUCCUCCUAUGAUUUCCGCUCAAUUUCAAGCAGUGAAAGAAUAUGCCACCCAAACACGGAGCACAUGGGAGUUCAUAGCAGAACAAGCACCAUGGUGGGGAGGCUUUUGGGAGCGCAUGGUGCGCUCCGUCAAAGAAUCACUGCGCAGGUCGCUAGGUCGGUGCGAACUCGACUUCCAGGAGCUACAGACCGUGUUGACGGAGGUCGAAGCCAUUGUUCAGCAGGCUAAAGAAGGUCUGCUAAACAAUUACUGGAAGCUAUGGUCGAAAGACUACCUUCUCCAACUGCGGUCAGCUAACCUCAGCAAGCAUGUAACCUCGGCCAACGUUCGGCAGCACGAUCUGGUCCUCAUACCCGAUCGACGACAGCCCAGGAUGUUUUGGACCCUCGGACGGGUAGAGCAGCUGCACCUCGGUCGAGAUGGGCUAGUUCGUUCCUGCACCCUACGGGCAUCAGGCGGCGCAUACCUACGACGACCAGUUCAGCUGAUCCAUCGCUUGGAACUCGACGGAUGA